AUGACUCCUAUUCCCUGCCAAUGCAUUGGGAAUCUCUUAUAUGAUCUUCAUCUCGACUCCCCGUCGCUUGGGGAGAAGAAGGGCCAUUACUUCUUCCUGAAUGAGAAGCUCUAUUAUUUCUCUUCCAUGUUCAGUGCUCCCUACCGCUACUCUAACCACUCCCUCUGUAAUCUUGACCUCGUGUCCCCGUCGUUCAAGGAGAAACUCUAUUGUUUCUCUUCCAUGUUCAAUAUUCCUUGCCGCUUCUGUAACUACCUCCUUUGUAAUCUUGACCUCGUCUCCCCGCUAUUCAAGGAGAAGCUCCAUUAUUUUUCUUCCGUGUCUCCAAUUAUUUACCGCUACUUUAACCACCUCUUCUGUAAUCUUGACCUCGUCUCCCCGUCGUUCAAGGAGAAGCUCUAUUAUUUCUUCUCCAUUCCCUGCCGCCGCUUUGACUACCUCCUCUGUAAUCUUGACCUCGUCUCCCCAUCGUUUAAGGAGAAGCUCUAUCAUUUCUCUUCCAUUCUCUGUCGCUUUGACUACCUCCUCUGUAAUCUUGACCUCGUCUCCCCGUCGCUUGAAAAAAGCGUCAUCAGCUCUUUCCCAUUUUCUAUGUUCCCUGCUGCCGCUGUUAAGGCGUCUGUGGUAAUAAUAACCAGCCUGCAACGGAGGUUCGAUGGAACUCUAGGCUCACAGUGA